CUGUCAGAUUUGGCUUCCGCCGCUUUGACAACUGCCCCUCAGUUUUCCUUUUCAUUUCUUUUUCUCGUAGAAAUGCCACCUAAAAAGCCAACCGAGAAGUCCGCUAAGCCCGGCGAUAAGAAGCCCGAGGCAAAGAAGCCUGCGGCAGCACCCGCUGCUGCUGCUGCUGCUAAGAAGGAUGCGCCAGCUGCUGCUGCUAAACCAGCUGCGGCUGCUGCACCCAAAAAGGCUGCCGCUGCUCCGGCUAAGAAGCCCGCUGCUGCUGCUGGCGCCAAGAAGCCCGCAACGGCUGCUGCCAAGAAGCCCGUGCUGAAGAAGACGGUGAGCAAACCGAAGGCCAAGGAUCUGAAGAAGAAACUGGGCGCUGGCAAGAAGCCACAAUCGGUGCUGGCCAAGUUGUCGGCUAAGGCUCGUGCCGCCACCAAGGGCAAGAAGCCCGCUGCCAAGGCAGGUGCCAAGCCCACAAAGGGCACGGCCAAGGCCAAGGCAGUUGCCCUGCUCAACGCCAAGAAGAUGCAGGUUAAGGUCAUCAAGGGCGCCUUUGGCACCCGCACCCGCAAGAUUCGCACCAAUGUGCACUUCCGUCGUCCGACGACGCUGAAGCUGCCCCGCAAUCCCAAAUACCCAAGGAAAUCGGUGCCCACCAGGAAUCGCAUGGAUGCAUACAACAUCAUCAAGUAUCCACUGACCACGGAAGCAGCAAUGAAGAAGAUCGAGGACAACAACACUUUGGUCUUCCUCACACAUCUGCGCGCCAAUAAGAAUCAUGUGCGUGCCGCCGUCCGCAAACUGUACGACAUUAAGGUGGCUAAGGUUAACAUUCUGAUCCGGCCCGAUGGUCAGAAGAAGGCUUAUGUGCGCCUGGCGCGUGACUACGAUGCUCUCGAUAUCGCCAACAAGAUCGGCAUCAUAUAAGCAACUGGAAAUGCAAACCGGAACAUCGCGUUUUACAUUUUCACUAUAGGAUUUUUUUCUAUAAACAACAAAAUAUUAAUUAAAAUCUAUGACACGCUACAGCGAAGAUGAACGUUUGCAAUGUUGUCUCUGGGUAUAAUAAAAACAAAAAACCACUCAAAAAAAACAAUGAA